UUUAUGCCUAAAUGCACAAGCUUGUCUUUCUUUGGAAUACCUUAAUAUGUUGUUACACUGUCUUUGACAGACAUUUACACUUGGUGAUGUUAAAAAAACUAAGAUUUUAUAACGUUGAUUGAUACAGGAAUUUGAUUAGCAUCUUCCAGGAAAAUCGUACAGUCAGCCAGUUAGUGGCUACAAUUAGUGUAAGCGUUAUCACCGCAAAUCGCAGAAACACGAUCGUCACCCUGCGCCUGUGCAAACCACCAAAUCAAUCAAAAUAAAACAUUAAAAUGUAUCACUUUACCAUAAUCACGUGGUUGUAGUAAUGACAGUUUUAGCUUUUAAAGUACACUGCCUCGAUUAUACGUUUUCCAAAUACUAAGGAUGAUUUUAGCACUUCUCCAUCUGACAAAACAUAAACCACGGUUUGGUCUGCUUCGCAAACGUUUCCGGAAGCAUCACGAUAUUGCACCUCUGGUUUUAACCCCUAGACCAUACCGGACGACAUUUGAUUGACAGCUUGUCAAUAUAUCGGCGACAAAACUAUUGAUGUGUGUACAGGUGAAGUCAUAUACAAAUAUUUUCCAUGUCGCAAAUAUGAAACUACAUUUGAUUUACUCCACUCUUGGCCAUUGUACCAUCUGAAUUUCCCGCAAAAUCAUUUCAAAAUGAAACUAGCUCGUGCGAGCGGCAAGUACAUCUCUACCAAACAUUUCCAGGAGAUUCGCACCAAUGACAACUCUCACUAUUCUAAACAACGUCUCUGAUUGGACUAGCUGUGACUAGUGAAGGCGGGUGCUUUCACAUCACUAUACGUUUUUGAGGUCAGGGAGUUUCAUUCAUCUUGGGGCAAACAGUCUCUUUUUAACGUUUAUAUUUAAUUUUUAAUCACGAAUGUCUGUUCCAUAGAUGCUCUCAGGGAAAUUGCACUAAACGAGUUAUUUGUUUAGAGUAGACAAGUUCGUUUUUUUGCCAUAAUAUUGUAGCUUUAUCAAUACGACAGAGCAGCUAGUCUUAGCUUAACUUCUUUCCUGUGAUAUCGAAUACAGCGGUUUAGCUUGUUAGCUACCGACAGGGUUUGGUUAGCGUAACUUAGCUGGCUAAUGUUAAAUAUCUGAUGUACAGACCGAGCCUAGGUUGAACAAUACAUGAAAUGAGCAAGUGGGUGUUGGGUACUUAUUAAGUUGGUCACUUGCUCUUAUUUUUGGCAUUUCCUUGCGAUUUCAGAGAAUUGGCUAGUUUAUCUAGCUAGCUAACUCGCUCGGACGUUUACAAGCCAAAACGCUAUCUCUCAACCAAACAAAGAACCGGCAAAUGCUUAUUCAAAGAAAAUGACAAGAACAAUCUAACAUUUCUGACCAAAACUACCGUUUAAGAAACGUGCAAACGUGUGCGUUCUCUUGGUUUUGAGAAAGGACGUGCAGUUUUCCUCCGUAUUUGGAAUAUUCCGUUGACAUUUUUUUUGUAUUUCCCGGGCCAUGGCUCCCCAGAAGCACGGUUCUUCUUCUGGCGGAGGUAACAAUAUUUCGGGUCCUGUAAUGGGUUACGGUGGCGGCGGCAGAGCAAACGGUGGUGUGUACCACCACCAGUCAACUGCUGUUGUGGUGCCCUCAGCCAAGAAGCCCAAGAUGGAACUAAUUCAGGCAGACCAUGAGCUGUUCUUGCAGGCCUUUGAAAAGCCAACCCAGAUUUAUAGAUUUCUCAGGACCAGGAACUUGAUAGCGCCUAUUUUUUUGCACAGAAACCUUACAUACAUGUCUCACAGAAACUCACGUACCAACGCUAAAAGGAAGUCCUCCAGGGUAGACGACCUGCUACACAAAGUGGAGAAGAGGAGGGGCGAGCAGGAGGCCCACAGCUUGGCUUCCCACCUACACCUCACCUUCACUGGGUUCUUCCACAAAGGCGACAAGUCGCCUGUGGACUCUGAGAACGAGCAGAACACUGUCUCCCUGGAGGUCUUGCUUGUUAAAGUCUGCCACAAGAAGAGGAAGGAUGUGAGCUGUCCGGUGAAACAGGUUCCCACGGGUAAGAAGCAGGUUCCUCUGAACCCAGACAGUGGGGUGAACGGUGGUCAGCCUCGGCCAGGCUCCGGACCCUCCCUGGUGGUGCCCAGCAGCGAGUUUGAGGCCAGCAAUGGGCACACAGUCAAGUCCUACUCCUUGCUGUUCAGGGUGUCACGGCCAGGCAGGACUCAGCACGGCCCGCUGGUCAACGGGGAGACCAACGAGAACACGGGCGGUGUGUGUAAGAGGAAGAAAAGAAGCUCCUACCACAGGGAAGACGAGGAUGUGGAGACGAUGUUUGUGGCUCAGAUGACUGUGUUUGAUAAAAACAGGCGUCUCCAGUUGUUAGAUGGGGAGUAUGAGGUGUCCAUGCAGCAGAUGGAGGACUGUCCUGUCAGCAAGAAAAGAGCCACCUGGGAAACCAAUCUGGAUGGAAAGGUGUUACAUCUCCCACCAUUCGAGACGUUCUCCCAGGGCCCCACACUCCAGUUCACACUGCGCUGGACAGGCGAGCCCAGUGAUAGGUCCACAGCUCCCGUUGCCAAACCCCUUGCCACACGCAACUCUGAUGCCAGCUGCGUGACCUCUGACCCCAGGCCCUGCUCCCUCAGGCCCCCUCAGACCGUUGGUGAGACUCGGGCAGCUGUAAAGGACUCCAUCAGCAGCACAGACAUUCAGACCAGACGACAACACUCGCUAGUGGAGCCAAGACAGAAACUACGAAUAUUCUACCAGUUCCUGUAUAACAACAACACGCGACAGCAGACGGAGGCCCGAGACGACCUCCACUGUCCCUGGUGCACCCUGAACUGUAGGAGACUGUACAGCCUCCUGAAGCACCUCAAACUGGCCCACAGCCGGUUCAUCUUCAACUACGUGCCCCACGCCAAGGGAGCGAGGAUCGACGUCUCCAUAAACGAACGUUACGACGGCUCGUACGCCGGCAACCCCCAGGACAUACAUAGCCAGCCCGGCUUCGCAUUCAGCCGGAACGGACCUGUCAAGAGGACCUCUGUCACGCACGUCCUUGUUUGCAGACCUAAGCGGGCCCCCCCGAGCCUGUCGGAGUUCCUGGAGGCCGACGGAGGAGGAGACAGGGACCAACAGAGGAGCUUCGCCAGCUCUCACAACCGCCUCUACUUCCACUCGGACAGCUGCACCCCCAAAAGACCCCAGGAGGUGGAGCACGACAGUGAGGAUGAGAAGGACCCCCUGUGGCUCCGCGAGAGGACCAUCAUGCAAAUUGAGGAAUUUACCGACGUGAACGAGGGAGAGAAGGAGGUAAUGAAGCUCUGGAACCUCCACGUGAUGAAAUAUGGCUACAUAGCAGACAAUCAGAUGAACGGCGCGUGCCUAGCGUUCGUGGAGCGAUGGGGCACGGACAUUGCCCAGAAGAACCUCAGCAGGAACUUCCUGCUCCACCUGGUCAGCAUGCACGACUUCAACCUGGUCAGCACGGUGACCAUCGACCAGGCCAUGACCCGCCUCCGUCACAUACAGCGGGCCCAGCGCCAGGGGGUCGAAGAGGGGGGGCAGGGUGAGGAGGACUGGGAGACGGCAGCCGAGUCCCAGGCCGAACCCGACUACGAAACCUGCCCCGACGGCGAGCCGGUGGUUAAGAGGAACCGCGACAGCAGUCUUACGAAUGGAAACGCCACCGACAGCAAAGAGGCUAGCAGUUCUGCGGUCGCGGAAACUUCCAGACCAAGCAAAAGGCACAAGCUCUGAGGUAACCAACGCCUUUCCCCCUGAUGGGUGAUGGAUAUCUGAAUUCACCCCACCCCCUGGUGAUUGUGAUUGGCUCGGGGGUUGGGCGGGGGGGGGGGGGGGGGUG